AUGCCCCCUAAAUCAAACGCUCACGUCCCAGAGGUUUCACGAACGUACAAGAACAACUUCAAUGGGCUGGUAUACAAUAUUCACACAUGGACUUACGAUUGCAUAAUAUUCCUCUUCAAUAUUAUAUUCACUAUUUUCUUCCGUGAAAUUAAAGUUCGUGGAGGUUACAACGUACCUCCCGCUGGGACCCCCACAAUACUCGUCUGUGCUCCUCAUGCCAAUCAAUUCAUUGACCCUACAUUGGUAAUGGUGACAACCAGAAAACUAGGUAUGUAUGGUGCCACCUCUGUCUCUCGUUCAAGACAGGCAUGUUUCGUUACAGCUGCUUCAAGUUUGAAUAUGAAACUUGUUGGAUUUUUUGGAAGAAGAAUGGGUGGGAUUCCUGUUGCUAGAGCACAAGAUUACUUAAAACCAGUAGAUGACAACUUGGAAAUCUACGCUCCCGACUUGGAAAAUAAUCCAAAAUUAAUAAAAGGUCGUUGUAAGGAUUCUAAAUCACCUGAAUUCACAAAGAGAUUCACUGCAAAAUCCCUUUUGGGGUUGCCUAAUUAUUUAAGUAAUGCCCAAAUUGCUCAGAUUCAAGAUGAUGAAACUAUCAUAUUAAGCUCUCCCUUUAAGAUUUCUGAUCCAAGAGUGAGGAAACUAUUAAAUAACGGUACAACUUUCAAAUAUGCUAACAAGGUGGAUAAUAGUAAAGUAUUCCAGAGUGUUUUUGAUCAUCUGCAUACAAAAGGUUGUGUCGGGAUUUUCCCAGAAGGUGGAUCUCACGAUAGACCUUCUUUAUUACCUAUUAAAGCAGGUGUUGCCAUUAUGGCCUUAGGUGCUGCAGCAGCUGAUGCAAAUAUAAAAGUACAUGUUGUGCCCGUUGGGUUGCAUUACUUCCACAGAGACAAAUUUAGAUCAAGAGCUGUUCUCGAGUACGGUGAACCCAUAGUCGUGGAUGGAACCAUGGGAAAAGAAUAUGCACAGGCUCCACGUGAAACAGUUUCUAAAUUGUUGUCAAGAAUUACAGAUGCACUAUUCUCUGUUACAGAAAAUGCCCCUGAUUAUGAUACUUUGAUGACUAUCCAGGCAGCUAGAAGAUUGUACCAACCUUCUGAGAAAAGAUUAUCUUUGCCCGUUGUCGUUGAAAUUAAUAGAAGAUUACUCGUGGGAUAUUCAAAAUUUAAAAGUGAUGAAAGGGUCAUUCAUUUGAAGAAAAUGGUUCAAGAAUACAAUGAAAAAUUAUACUCUAUGGGGUUAAAAGAUCAUCAAGUUAGAGAAUUAGAAUCUCAUACUGUGCAAAAUACAAUUAGAACUUUGGUUACCUUAGUGACAAGAGUUUCUAGAUUAUUACUAUUCUUCAUGUUGGCUCUUCCCGGGUCCAUUCUUUUCACUCCUAUCUUCAUCGGUUCUAGCAUCUAUUCAAAGAAGAAGGCAAGAGAAGGGUUGAAAAAAUCAUUAGUGAAAAUUAAGGGAACUGAUUUAUUAGCCACUUGGAAACUUAUCUUAGCACUUGUGAUGGCUCCAAUUUCAUAUGUUACUUAUUCCCUCAUUUUAAUUUCCCUGCAUUCUCGUAAAAAUGGAUGGGUUCAAUGGAUUUGGGUACCUAGUGAAAAUGUUUUCAUCCAAUUCCCUUAUUUUUACAUGCAGUUGGUACUUACCACAUAUGGUUCUUUGAAGACUGGUGAAAUUGGAAUGGAUCUUUUUAAAUCUUUACGUCCCCUUGUAGUCACCUUGAUGUAUCCAGGUAAGAAAAUCAGAGAAAUUCAAUCAAUCCGUGAACAAUUGAGUGAAGAGAUCACUUCAGUUUGUAACGAGUUAGGUCCUUCCGUUUUCAAAGACUUUGAUCAAUUUGCAAUUAAUAACGAGAUCGAGAGUGAAAGAGGCAGAGGUCGCUAUGAGAAAGAAAAGACUCCUGAUUAUUUGAAGAUUCAACGUGAUCCUAGUCGUAGCCGUAGUCGUGGUGCUAGAAGUCGUUCAUCAUCGAUUAGUUCAUUUACUUCACGUAUCUCUAAUGCUAUUUCUAGAGUGAACUCCAGAGGUUCCCUCUCUGAUAUUCCAAUUUUAUCAGAAGCAAGAUAUAGUUCCAAUAAUGUCAUCAAUGAUAGUGAUUCAUCCUGUUCCUCUUCUGAUGAAGAGAAUAUAAAAGCAGGUUCUACUUCUAAAAUUUCAUCUUUAAUGAGAGCUAGAUGGGAAAAAUCGCAUGAUAAGGAGGAAUAG